CUUCGUUGGCUCCUUUCCCUUUCGUCUCCAAAAUAUUUGAAAAUUUCAGUUUGUGCAUUUUUCAAAAUUUGGAGGGUCUCUCUCUCUUCACUUCAAACUUUCGCGCUCCAAGCUUAUGGACUCUGUGCCCAUGGUUUCUGGAGCUGAGGAGGGGGAGGACUGGGAGCUCCGCCAUGACGAUGACGGCUUCACCUACAAGAUCCUCAAGCGCCGUCGCCUUCUAGACCCACCUGACGCAGCUCAACCUUCUCACUCGGACCCCAUUGUCGAGGAGAGGCAUCGGAGACAACGGAAGAGAAAGAUCCUUUUGAAAUUAAAAAGUCAGUACCAAAAAGAGAUCGACCUGUGGGAACUUUUGUCGAGCACCUUGCGUGCAAUGGAAGAGAAAGCGAAUCAACAGCUUGAAUUGCAAACACGUCAGCAAGAAGUGCGAGAAACGACGUCGUCUUCUUUGGAAUCGCCUUCGACGACCAUGGAGGGACCUUCUACGUCACUAAUUGAUAAACUCCUUUCUCAGGCAGAGGAACAAGAAGCAGCAAUCAAUGAUAUGUCAUACUUAUGUGAUAUAGCAGAAGCAAUGUGCAAUGCUCAACAGGAGUUGUUAGCACAAUCAUUUAUCGAUCUCCCAAUUUGGUCUUCACCUCGUAAGCUUAUGGCAUCACUUUGUGAUGAGUAAGCUUGUUAGGAAUAAUUAUCAUCUCAUCUCUCGAAGGAAACAUGUAAAGUCGUGUCUUGCAAUAGUUUAAUUCUUAUGUAGCUGAAUAGUGAUGUGAAUGCUUGUAGAAGAUUUAAUUGUAAUCUGUUCUGUUGUAGAUUUCCUUUUUUGAAUGAAGGUUCAAAGUUCUUAUA